UUGGCGUUUUCGUCGUUUGCCACCUGCGAGGAAUUGCUUGUGCUCGGAAGUCAUUCGGCCCCGAGAUUGCCCAUUUUCUCGUUUCUGGUGAAACCGAAAAUGGGGAGAUAUUUGCAUCACAAUUACGUCUGUGCUGUGCUGAACGAUGUAUUCGGGAUUCAAAGCCGAGGCGGAUGCGCUCGGUUGGACAGAAGCACUCUGCGUCGUCGAACAGAAGGCUCGCAAUACGAAAUGCUGCGUCCAGGUUUCACACGCUUGAAUUUCGCCUACUUUCUGGACGACGAUCAAGCCAAAUUUGUAAUUGACGCUGUGAUCAUGGCCGCUGAAAAUGCGUGGAAACUAUUGCCGUAUUACAAGUUCAAUCCGGAAACUGGAGAGUGGCGUCAUAACACCGAAUCGGGGAAACUAGUAUCUAACCGAAACGCAGAAGAAGGGCUUCAUUCCCCGCCACAAUCCUUUGAGGCGUGUCUAGAAGAAGCUCGCAAGAUUUUUGCCAAUGCCUCUGCGGAUUGUGCGAAAGUCAGUUUACCCGAUCAAGCCGUGAUGUUUCGAGACGUGGAUCGAUUGCGAUGGUUCAUGUUGCCUUCGGAAGCUCUGGAGAUUUUGCAACGAGGCUCUCGAUGCGAAAUCGCCAACGACGUUCCUUUUGUUCCGAAAUCCUACGAAUCGUACACACCCAGGAAUUGGGUGGACUUUGUGCAGGAAAUACCUUCAGUCACGACUGCGAAUAUCGUCCAGAAAGCUAUGAAAACUGCGAAAGCUGAAUUGGAUCCGAAAUCAAAGAGUCGGGAAAAUUUUGAGGACCUGGGAAGAGUGUCGAACAAUUUUGACAACAGUCCGACAACGAGAAACUCUUUGGUGACGGAUAAUCGACGGAAAUCUUCGGAAAAAAUCGUUGAUCGUCAGCCGAUUUCGAAAUUGAUUUCGACGAUGUCUCUGAUGGACGUCACGAGAGAAGAAUUCAAUGACGGAGUUCAAGUGACUAGUUCUUCUGUUCUUGAGUUGAACCCGGAUGAUGGGGAAAAUAAUCAGGAAGAAUCGUCUUUGCUGAAAUUCGAGCGACGUGAUAGUAAAAGAAUAGCUUUGGUUUCAAAGGAGAAUGACUUGCGAGUCGUGCGUCCAUUUGUUUACGUUCGAGAGAAAGAUUUGCGACAGUUCGCCGAAUAUCAAGGAUUGCCGAUUAUUGCGGAAAACUGUCCUGGGUGCUUUGAUGCUCCGAAAGAGCGAUACCGGAUCAAGCAAAUGCUGGCUCAGCAAGAAGUGAUGUUCCCGAAGUUGUUCGCGUCUCUUUUGUCGGCUUUGCAUCCCCUGAUGGCAUUUGGACGAGUUGGAGUGGAGUCGAAAAUAAUGGGCACCAGAUUCUCUUGGAAGAAGGACGGAGAAGACGCG